AUUUCUUGCACAAAUCGACUAGCGCUUACAUAUUUUUACAACUUCAAAAACUUCCAAACACUUCCAGCAACGACCUGCAUCCUGUAAGAUUUUUUUUUCCGCAUAACAAAAACGACUUCUGCAUACGAAAAACGACCUAUCCAGCGUUACAGAUUUCAUUUCUCUCUCCUGCUACAGCUUACAAAUAUUUUUGUCGCUCUUUUCUCGCUUACUUUUUCGGUCUUCAAGUUCCACAACCAAACAAAAUGGCCAAAGCGAUCGACGCCUGGGAGAAAGACCAGCACUGGCGCGAG